AUGUCAUGGGAUGAACAUAAAAUUGCAAGCAUCGACCUGGUGACCAACGAUCUUGUUGUGAAUGGAGAGGCUGUGAAGCAUGAAUUCAUCCGAUUUAUCGAGCAGUUUAAGACAACACACAAAGAGUACUCUCAUGUGCUUUCAUCAAAUAUAAAUCAGAACAACUUCUCUCUGACGGUCAAGCUAGAGCAUAUUUACCAAUAUUCCGAUCUUUUGUCACAGGAAUUGUCUAGAAGGCCUGAAAGGGCUAUUGAGUGGUUUGAAGAAGCCAUAAUUGGCAGAUAUAAUACAAAAGGAGUACAAGGAUUUCAGCUUUGCCUGGUUUCCAGCGGUAGGAGUAUACCUAUCAGAGAGAUAAAUGCAUCAAAAACAAACAAAAUAGUGAAGAUCCAGGGAAUAGUUGUUUCUGCAUCUUCCGUUAUCACAAAGCCAAAGACAUUGUUUCUUGUUUGUAGGAACUGUCUUAACAGUAAGGAGGUAGUAGACAUGAUUCCAAGAGUAUGUGAUAAGGCAGAAUGCCCCACUGAUCCCUAUAUUGUCAUACCUGAGAAAAGCCGGGUGAUAGAUGUACAGUAUGUGAAGAUUCAGGAGUUUUUUGAGGACAUUCCUGUUGGAGAAACACCUAGACACUUCAGCCUGGUCCUGGAAAAAGGGAUGGUCAACAGGUUGAUUCCUGGAUCAAAAGUUGUUGUUACUGGGAUCUAUUGCAUGAGGAUGAUCAGGGAUAGUUCUAUUCCAAUUGUAAAGGUAACGGGGCUUGAAGAUGGAAACCUCAAAGCUUCGAGGAUGUUUACGGAAGAAGAGGAAGAAAGUUUCAGAAGCCUUAGCAAGACAAACAUUUAUGAGAAGAUCUCCAAGUCAAUUGCACCUUCUGUGUAUGGGCAUGAGGAUGUAAAGAAAGCUCUAGCUUGCAUGCUAUUUGGAGGGACUAGAAGGGUGUUUGAAGACAAGGUUACCCUGAGAGGAGAUAUCAAUGUUCUUCUUCUAGGGGACCCAGGGAUGGCCAAGUCGCAGCUUCUAAAGUUCAUGGAGUUAGUAUCGCCAGUAGGUGUUUAUACCAGUGGGAAGGGUAGCUCUGCAGCGGGACUAACAGCGAGCGUCAUAAGAGAUAGUAGCGGGGAGUUCUACCUUGAGGGAGGGGCUUUGGUGCUUGCAGAUAAUGGAAUAUGCUGCAUCGAUGAGUUUGACAAAAUGAAUGAGCAUGAUAGGGUUGCAAUCCACGAGGCUAUGGAGCAACAGACAAUAUCAAUAGCAAAGGCAGGAAUAACAACAAUGCUGAACACUAGGACAAGUAUCCUUGCCGCAGCAAACCCUGUUUUUGGAAGAUAUGAUGAUUACAAGACACCUGAUGAGAACAUCGAGUUCGGGGCCACGAUUCUAUCUAGAUUUGACUGCAUAUUCAUACUGAAGGAUAAAUUUGGACCGAAUGAUGCUGUUCUUGCAAGACAUGUACUUUCUGUUCAUCAGAAUAAGAACAAAGAGGAUGAUGGCCAUUUAGACCCAUCCCAGGACGAUAAAAGAGACUGGGGGUGGAGGGAAGACAAAGAGCAGGACAUCAUUCCAGUUCAUGUGAUAAAAAGAUAUGUACAAUAUGCCAAGAGUAAGGUAUUUCCAACGCUUUCCGAUGCAGCAUCUAGGCAGUUGUCAAGAUACUAUGUCAACACUAGGAAAGAGGUUAGGGAGUUUGAGCAUAGCACUCUUAAGCGAAAUGCAAUACCGAUAACAGUUCGGCAACUGGAAGCAAUAAUACGUGUGGGAGAAUCACUUGCAAAGAUGGAGCUGAGUCAGAUUGUUACGGAAAAGCAUGUGGAAGAAGCAAUAAGGCUUUUUAAUGUAAGCACAAUGAAUGCUGUCUCUCAAGGGCAUAUGCUGGAAGGAAUGAUUCGUCCUGAUGUGAUCAGCGACAUUGAAGAAAUUUGCAGCAGGAUAAAACUACUUGUACCAAUUGGAGGAUCAAUAAGAUAUAACGACCUAAUCAGACGACUUGAAGGAAAAGACGAGUGGAUGUGUAGGAAGGCCAUUGACUAUAUGUGUAAACAAGAAAAGCUAAUAGCUAGAGAUAUGGGGAGGAUAUUAGUAAGACAACCUUGA